AUGGCAGCGCGCCCGCUUGUGAACGACGCAUUGUGGCGCUGCCUCUGUCCUUCGUUCAACUCAUUCACUUCGAUCAGAGGACUGAGCUCAGUCAAAGCAUGCUUGCCAGCACGACAGCCCCCGGGGGCCUUCGGUGAGCGUCUCCAACCAUCCUCUGGCCGCUCCAGAUCUGUGAGCUCCAUAGCUUGCAUCUCCAAUGAAGUGGACACGAAACCAGGCCCCCAACCCGGCUCGCCCGCCCGUACGAAUGCACAAUCCAUCCAGAGGCCGCAUCCGAACCGCCAUUAUCAGCGGGGGCCACCAGAUCUGGUUCUAUUACCCACCGCCGACCUAUACGAACGCCUACGUAGCGACGCGGCAGCUGGCCGGUACGAAGAAGUUUUCAACGCUGUAAAGAUCCUGAUCAAGGAUAGAAGGGAACGCCCGAACAUUCGACUCUACGCAGCUAUGCUGCACAGCUUCGUGAACCCAGAAUAUGGCACCGCGGGCAAGAUCCGGAAGGUGCUGGAGGAGAUGGCGGAACUUGGGGUGGAUUUGGAUGCGGGCGGAUGCCAUGCUGUGCUUGAGGCUCUUGCCGUCCACCCCGACUAUCUUCUCCGUGAGGAAAUCUUGACCUAUAUGAAGGGACGCUGGUUCACGUUGACUGAUCGCGGCCAUAAUAUGGUGGUAGCUGGACUCCUUCGCGAUCGUUUGUUUGAGCAGGCCAUCCAAAAAAUUGAGGACAUGAAUCAACAGCGCAUCAGGGUAGCCGAUUGGCUUUUGGACAAGGCAGUGUGGAUUCUCCUCGACUACGGCGAGAUGGACGAGGCCUGGCAACUGCUGCGAAUGCGCCAGCAGAGCGGGAGAACAACAAUAAGCCCACCCCUGUGGGCCCAUUUCUUGGAUACUGCAGCGAAGCUGUGUCACGUGGAAUCUGUAACCCACAUCUGGACCACUCGAGUCAUUCCUGGAUACCUGAAGCCCCCCAGUGCCACGUGUCUACACGUACUCAACAUUGCUGCUCGUACAUCCAACGUUGACCUCGCCACCGACGUCUUUCGUGUUCUUGCCGAACGAGAUACUGUCCUUAUGUCGUUUCACUAUGAGAUGAUAUUGGAAGCAUACCUGAAUGCCAGCGAUAUCGGUGCCGCCAUCUCCGUCAUCAUGAUCAUGGCCGAGGCAGGCAUCAAGGUUGAUGAAGCAUCCAUCUACCCCUUGUACGUUUACUUGAAGCAGACUCACGCGAGGCCAAUAGAGGCUUUCUCGAUCCUCCAAACUUCACAUACAGCAGGAAGAAAAGUUCCCACAGCCGCUAUCAAUGCUUGUAUACAGGCAUCUGUCCAUCUCGGUCGUCUAGAAGAAGCCCUAGAUAUUUACAAAGCACUGCAUACAGUCUCCCCUGCCGGCCCAAACAUCCAAACCUUCAACAUACUGUUCCAGGGGUGCCACAAGGCCGGACGCAAAGAACUCGCCAUGUUCCUAGUCUCCGAAAUGAUCAAGCUCGGCAUCACACCCAAUGCCCUGACGUAUGAUCGCCUAAUCCUCGUAUGCUGUCAUGCGAACCAUCUGGAGGAUGCUUUCCUAUACUAUGAAGAGAUGCGUCUCAGCAACUGGUCGCCAAGACGGGGCACCUUCGAGAGACUUAUUGAGCUAGGCCUAGCUCAUGAUGAUGCGAAGACCCUCCAGGUCUUGGAGGAUAUGAGAAUCUGCGGUUAUAUACCCACACGAGCCACAAAGAUUAGCGUCAAGGAAAAGUUUCCUGAGACUGUAGCUCCACUGAACGAUGGCACAGAGCUACCCUAA